AUUGUACCUGAGCACGCACUGGCAAAGGGGACUGCAUAGAUACGCAGUGACAGGAUAGACACGAUAUAGCUAUGUGUCCAUUUUGACGAGAGCUCCGAUCCAUUUUGGUUCCUUACUUAGCCACGCUGACCCCUCAUUUCCAGCAUCAUGUUGCUGUACUUUCUCCAGCUGAUCGGGCUGCUGGUUGCUGGAUAUGCAUUGGGAAAAGUAAUAAACCUGGUAACCCUGAUAACCAAGGAAUUCACAGAGCCCAUCGUAUGUACGCUCGAGGAUCCGGACUCCACCGCGCCGGUCCCAUGUCCGUCCAUCUUUGAUGCACCAACAAAGGCACUGUCGUGCAUUGUACCCGCGUACAAUGAAGAGGACCGCCUGUCGUCAACGCUCGACGAGGCCCUGGCCUACCUGCAGCGCCGGAGAGACCGGCAGGGGCCGCAGUUCACGUACGAGGUCAUCAUAGUGGACGAUGGCAGCACGGACGGAACCGCCAGGGUGGCCCAGGGUUACGUACGGCGCUACGGGCUGGACACCGUACGGCUGCUGCGCGUGUCGUCCAACCGCGGCAAGGGGCACGCGGUGAAGCGCGGCAUGCUGGUGUCGCGCGGGGAGUACUGCCUGCUGAUGGAUGCGGACGGGGCCACCCGGUUCGCCGACCUGGAGAAGCUGGAGGCGGGGCUGGAGCGGGUGAUGCAGCCGGGCUUCAGCCGCUCCCCUCGCCCAUCCCCAUCAGCCGCCCCCACCACUGCUACCUCCCCCAGCUCCGCCUCCUCCGGGGGCCCCAGCCAGCAGGGCCCGCUGGGUGUUGCGUACGGCAGCCGCGCGCACCUGCACAAGGACGCCAUCGUGAAGCGCAGCCGGCUGCGCAACUUCCUGACGCGCGGCUUCCACGUGCUGGUGUACCUGGUGGCGGGGGGGCGGGUGCGGGACACGCAGUGCGGCUUCAAGCUCUUCACCCGCCGCUCCGCCGCCAUCCUGUUCUCCAACCAGCGGCUGCAGCGCUGGUGCUUCGACGUGGAGCUGCUGUACCUGGCGGAGCAGCUGGGCAUACCCGUGACGGAGGUGUUUGUGAACUGGACUGAGAUCCCUGGAUCCAAGAUCCGCUUCACCUCCAUCAUCCUCAUGGCGCUGGAGCUUGCCGUACUCAAGAUCGCCUACCAGGUGAUGGGCUCGUGGGCCAUCCACUCGGAGGUGAUGCUGGCAAAGAAGGCGACAUGAGGGGGGGGGCAAGGGAGGCGACAUGAGGGGGGCGCCACUUCCUGCUCUCACCUGCUGCUGCUGCUGCUGCUGCUGCUGCUGCUCCUUGCAUGCUGCUCACCACCACACUGCAUGAGGCGCCACACAGCUGUCCGCCGGUUUGCACCUGGGGCGCGUUGGUGGCCGUGAGUUGUGGCUGGGCGGGCUGCUGCUGGUGAUGCUGGUGAUGAUGUUGCGCUGGGGAGAGUUGUGGUCCUGGCUGGGGACGUAAGCGAGUGUUUGGGGGUGUGUUGGUGCCCAACUGACGGUUGUGUGUAGCGCUGGGUGCGGAGGAUGGGAGGGGUAACGAGGAAACAGCUAGACUGACCGUGUGAUAAGGCAUCAUCACACGGGGGGGGGAGUGGGCGCAGGCGGCUGCGGGGUUGGCGGUCGGCACGGUGAGUGGGGGAGGAGGAGGAGUGCGUUUCUGUCUGGAGCUGCGAACCCCUACAUACACACAAAACAGAGCACACGGCAAACUGCGGAACCGCAGACCGGGCGCUGCGGGGCAGCUGGUGGCGGGUCGCAGGGGCGUUGCGGGAGGAGAGGCGCGGGCAGCGGGGGUUGGUCGGUGGAGGGUGGAGCAAGAGGGGGGUGGGAUAAAAACAGGAAACUGACGAGGCUGUAUGACGAGGCGGGUGGGAGCGGGUAGCAUGGCGUGGAGGAGGGCUCGUGACGGGAGGUGGCGGAAGCAGCGGUUGGGUGCGGCGAGGGGUUGGUCCACGUAAGGUGUGCGUGUAGGGUGUGCGUGAGGGAGUUGGUUGGGUAGCAGGGCAGUACGGCAAUACGGUAGAGGGUGCUGGAAAGCGCAGCGGUGGGGAGUGGUGGGGAUUGGCGGCGGUACACGGGAGACGUAUGACCGGAAAAAGCCCGGAUGGCCGAUUUGCGGAAUGCUUUACCUCUUUUGUGACAAGCUAACAACCUGCUUUGGUGUGGCGUUUCCUCGAGUUCUUUGGUGGCACGCUCUCGACUUCGCCGGAAACAGGCGUACAGGAUGUCUGCUCCGAUGUGGAAUGGUAUAGUGAUGGGACAGGAAGACAAAGGAACCAAGCCAGGGGGACUGGGAACCCCUGGAUGACUCUGAAGAGAACCACCAGGGUACUUCGAGUCAAGUGUUCGGUGAGCGAACGAAAUCGCAUGGGGUGCCGCGAGGCAGCAACAAGGUGCCAUUGGACACUCGAAAGCGAGACGACGCAGAAUGCGAGUGCUUGUGUAGGGGGAACGGGCUGGUCAUGCGUGCGGCUAAGGUAUAGCAUGGUACACGCCAACGAACACAUAUUGUAUGGGAGUUGGUGCGGUGCACGAACGAGACACGGG